AUGCAGUUCUCUACCGUCCUCCUCGCUCUCGUGGCUACCACCUCCGCCUCCGUACUCCCCCGUACCGAAAACAAGGGUCAGUGGUUCGUCCAAAUGACACUCGGCCCCGACAUUGAGCAACUGUACCUCUACGCGGAGUUCACAUCAGACGAAUACGACGAAGACCACAAGCUGAGGAGCAGCUGUGUUGAAGCACCCAACGCUGAGCUUCCUGUUGCCCAUAGGUGCGACCGUGCCGCGUUCGACUUUUCCUAUGACGGAGCAACCCUCAACGUCCAACAGACUCUUGAUAGCGGCGUGACUGUCUAUGGAUCAGCACCCUUGUCUAUCCAUACCUUUAUUGGCGGCGGUCGUUUCCGGGAUGAGACUACCAUUCAGGUAUCUAGCGCUGUUGCUUGAAUUGGAUCAUGUUGUUAUAAUGAUGGCCUAUCGAACUUAUGUACAUAUCCUAACGUAACGGUAUUGAAAUCGAUGCAAGACGAACCCACUAUAUCAUGAAGGCACGUUUGGUUUCCCGUAUAACCUGUCCAGCUCAUUUGCACUAUGACUAUCUCGACUGUAACACAUCUACAGCCCUCUUAUACAGUAACUGUAUACUCUACC